CGCGGCCGCGCGGGGACAGGAGGUGUAGGAGAACGGCUCUGCAGUUCUGUUCAACUAGUCAGCAUUACGUCGUCAAGUUAAAAGGAAGGUGUAUUGGAGGCCGCACUCAUAAAAGAAGAAGAUGUUUAAUUCUAAAGGAAAAAUCACUGACUCAGAUCCUGGAUCCAGUCAUCUGUUACUAAAUGGACUGGCUGAUAAGGCAGGGAAAAAUCAGGACACAGAGCCUGAGAACAGCCUGUGUAGCCAGUAUGAGGAGAAGGUGCGCCCCUGCAUUGACCUCAUCGACUCCCUGCGGGCACUGGGUGUGGAGCAGGACCUGGCCCUGCCCGCCAUCGCCGUCAUCGGGGACCAGAGCUCGGGCAAGAGCUCCGUGCUGGAGGCUCUAUCGGGGGUCGCCCUCCCCAGAGGCAGCGGGAUUGUUACAAGAUGUCCUCUGGUACUGAAACUGAAGAAGCUCCUGAACGAGGAUGAGUGGAGGGGCAAAGUCAGUUACCAGGACUUCGAGAUGGAGAUUUCAGACCCUUCGGAGGUGGAAGUGGAAAUCAGUAAAGCCCAGAAUGCCAUUGCCGGGGAAGGACAGGGGAUCAGUCAUGAGCUAAUCAGCCUGGAGGUCAGCUCCCCUCAUGUCCCGGAUCUGACCCUGAUAGACCUCCCUGGCAUCACCAGGGUGGCUGUGGGCAAUCAGCCGGCCGACAUCGGAUGCCAGACCAAGAAACUCAUCAAGAAGUACAUCCUUAAGCAGGAGACGAUCAACUUGGUGGUGGUCCCCUGCAACGUGGACAUCGCCACCACAGAGGCGCUGAGCAUGGCUCAGGAGGUGGACCCCGAUGGCGACAGGACCAUAGGAAUCUUGACAAAGCCUGACCUGGUGGACAGAGGUACUGAAAGCAAGGUGGUGGAUGUGGCACAGAACCUUGUCUGUCACCUGAAGAAGGGCUACAUGAUUGUCAAGUGUCGGGGCCAGCAGGAUAUCCAGGACCAGGUGACCCUGACCGAGGCUCUGCAAAAAGAGAGAGACUUCUUUGAGGACCACCCACAUUUCAGGGUCCUCCUGGAGGAAGGAAGGGCCACAGUCCCCUGCCUGGCAGACAAGCUGACCUCUGAACUCAUCACGCACAUCUGUAAAACUCUGCCCCUGUUAGAAAAUCAGAUAAAGGAAAAUCAUGAGAAAAUAACAGAGGAGUUACAAAAGUAUGGUUCCGAUGUGCCUGAAGAGGACCAUGAAAAGAUGUUUUUUCUGAUAGAAAAAAUUAAUGCCUUUAACCAUGACAUCACCUCCUUAAUUAAAGGGGAAGAAUUUGUGGGGGAGGACGAGUGUCGGCUCUUUACCAAAAUCCGAAACGAGUUCCACAAAUGGAGCUUUGUGAUUGAGAAGAAGUUCCAACAAGGUUACAAAGCUAUAUAUAAACAAAUCGAGAAAUUUGAAAAUCGGUAUCGUGGCCGAGAGCUGCCAGGGUUUGUCAAUUACAAGACGUUUGAGAUUAUCAUAAAACAGCAAAUCAAAGAACUAGAAGAACCAGCUGUCUAUAUGCUGCACACGAUAACUGAUAUGGUCCAAGCUGCCUUCACAGAUAUUUCGGAAGCAAAUUUUGCUGAAUUUUUCAACCUCUACAGAACUACCAAGUCCAAAAGUGAAGACAUUAAAUUUGAACUAGAAAAAGAAGCUGAGAAGUCCAUCCGCCUUCACUUCCAAAUGGAGCAGAUUGUGUACUGCCAGGACCAGGUCUAUCAGUGUGCAUUGCAGAGGGUCCGAGAGGAGUCGGACAAAGAAAAGAACAAAAAAGUAAACAGUAUGUGCUCCGAAGAAGUUUCUUCAGUAAACAUCUCCUUGUCUGAAAUCUUUGAGCAUUUGCUGGCUUACCGUCAGGAGGCCACCAACCGCCUCUCCAGCCACAUCCCCCUGAUCAUCCAGUACUUCAUCCUGCAAGUGUACGGCGAGAAGCUGCAGAAGGGCAUGCUGCAGCUGCUCCACGACAAGGACACCUACAACUGGCUCCUGAAGGAGCGCAGUGACACCAGCGACAAGAGGAAAUUCCUGAAGGAGCGGCUCGCGCGGCUGGCCCAGGCUCGGCGCCGCCUGGCGAAGUUCCCCGGCUAAGGCGGGCUCCCUGUCCCCCCCACACCUCCCCUCCAUCUGCUGGGAGCGGGACCCGCGCUUUCCCCCCCGCCCCCCCCAACCCCAUGUCACAGAUCCUCGAGGAGUUAGCAACCAGGCUUUCCAGUCAUUAUCCGUGCUUGUCCCUGAGUGGGCAGGGAGCUAGUAAGAGGAUGUAGGUCCUGACGAAGAUCGGGAUUUGUCCUGGAGGGCUGCCGCCGCCGCCUUCCCUGCUAGGAAAACUGAGUUUCCGCCCCCAGGAUCGUUCCUCCCGAGCCCUCUCCGUCUCCCACCGGGGACCAGUGCAUGCGAAGCAUCGUAGAAGGCUUUGUUCCUGCUUUGUGCCACUUGCUUUUGUGCAGCUGCUGUUUUGGGAGCGUUCGUACCACGUGCGUGGGCACUCUUAGAAGCUGUAUUUCACCGAUUUGUAAUAAACCCGUUUCUACCAGA